AUUCAAUGGGUAGAAGUCAAGAAAUGGUAUAUUGACUUUGAAAAGGAUUGUCCGGGAAGAUUACCUUUGCAUACACAGUUUUUGAAAUACGAUGCACCUUUGAUAGUCGCAUUAUUAUUAUUUUCAAUUAUCGUGGGAUUUAUAUGCUUUAAAUUAUACCAGCAAUUUGGUUGGAAUAUUUACAAAAAAAUUGGUGCUGAUUUAUCCAUGCAAGCUAAUUACAGAACCUAUUUAAUUUAUCUCUUGUUACUAAAACUUGACCUGAUUUUCAUUUUGGGCCUUUCUGCCGAAGCGUUAAAUGUAUAUGUAGUUACAUUUAGUAAACUAGAUGGCCUAAAAAAUCUAAGAUAUAUGCCUGUUCAGUUUUAUCUAUUUCAUCUUUUCAUCACUAUUUGUGUUGCUAUAAAUCAAAUAUUAGCAUAUCGUUCGGUACGACAAGAGUGGAAAGUGGGAAUGUACAUU